AUGAGCACGCCAGCAGACGUGCGCGAUGCUCUCGCCGUCCUGGAUGCAGCAUCAACGAUGCGGGCGACACGUCAUAGUGCUCUACAAGCACGAGCUGCAUCCGAAUGGGAGGCACUACCGAACACAUUGGACCGCCAUGUCACGCCCGAUACGCAGCAGGCUGCUGCGCAUGUCGACGUCCUCUCGCAGCGUCUCACGCCCACAGCCCGACUUGCGCAGGACUUAUACACUGAUAUGAAUACAUUACAUGAAGAGCGUGCGCGUAUUGAGACAUCUAUGCAUUGGUGUGCACAGACCUUGCAGCUUCGUACAUCGUUACAAGCCCUGGCGCGCGCGUUAGAACAGCAGGACUGGGCCGCUUCCGUUCAGCACUGUACUGCGGCCUCUGCUGUAGACCCUGAGAUCCUUCAAAGUCAAUUUGCAGCGAUGAUCGUGCCCUCGACUAUGUGGCCGCAAGCCCCACCGCAAACGUUGGACCAACUUCGAACGACACUGCUUGCUAAAAUCGCUCAGCACUUUGAGCAUUAUACCAAGGAACGCGAUGAAGAGAAUGCGACUGUCUUCUUGGGCUACUUUGCGGAUAUGCAUGCACAGCAAGAAGGGUUGGCUGCCUACCGCCGCUUUGCGUGUUCUUUCCUCGAAAGCCAGGCGGACGACCUUCGUCGGCGUAUGGCCUCGCCGCCCUCCUCUCCCUUGUUCUUUGCUAUGGUAUGGGCCUCACUCUGGGAACAGCUCGCCGUGUUUAUCAACCAGCAUCAACCGAUUGUCGAUCGCUUGUUGCACGUGCCUGGCGAAGCGAAUUUUGCGACCAGCGUUCUGCCAGGACUGAGCGACGUAUGGACACAGAUCGCGUCCGAUAUUGUACAAGCAUGGCGUGUGCAUCAUCACAUGGAUGAGCAGCUCAGCAUGAUAGCCGAUACUCGUACGCCUGUUCUCGAGUCGAUCCGGGCUUCGCCAUUCACGCCAGGCCGCAUUUUCGGGCAGAAGGAAAAGCGAGGCGGCAGCGCAGCACCUAGUGCCGCACAAUCUCGCGCAUCCUCACCUGCUCUUCACGAUACCCAGCAUUUGGAUGCGAUACUUACCGAGCUAGCGAACAUGUCAUCGCAAUGGGCCUUGUUUGGCCAGUUCCUGCGGCGUGCGAUGGGCCUCGAUGCUUUUGCCCAAGUUACAUCGGAUGUACAAACAAUGAUGCAGAACCUGCUUACCUCUGUAUUUGUCCCUUUGCAGACCUACAGCUUGCAAAUGGGUGUACAAAAGGUGCACCAUUUAGAUACCCCGGACACAUCUGUGCACCCUUACGCCAGCUCUUUGCCCGAUGAUAUGUUCUUUGCAUUGCGGGCUGUUCUCACACGCGCCUUUUCCACCUCAGAUCUGCGUGCGGUAGAAACUAUCGUACAGAUGGCACUGCGUAUGACCGAGCAAGACUAUCUUGACAUUGUUGUCUUGCGUAUGGAUGCCUGUCGACGUGCUCUCAAUGUGACGCGUCUAGUGGAUGGGCCUCGUCGUAUCGCUGCUGCUCGCGAAGUUCGAGCAACGAUGGCCGUGUAUGUAAAUGCACUCGAUACCUCAGCCAUGUAUGCCGAACGAAUUCAAGCAGAUCUCUCCGAGAAUGCGUUCUUGGAGCAGUAUUACGACGCGGAAUGGGAAGAUGGUAUCUUCGCCUUGACGUCCGCCUUCGCCCUCGCGGGUCAAUUAGGAACUCUGGCACCGAAACUUCGGUCUGCGCUGCACUUCGAGAUCAAAGAGCUUUUUGCCGCAUUGAUCGAGCCACGAUUGCAAACACUAGUGACUGAUGUGUUCCGCGACAUGCGUUAUGAUUUGAACGAGAAAGCAUACAGCGAUGCCGAGGAGUCAGACACUGUGCCCACGCGCCUUCGCCAUGGAUGGGACACGUUCAUGCAUGGCUACCGUGAUCAGUUGUCCGAGGCCAAUUAUACAAUGCUCUUCUCCCUCGCGGUAGACGCCAUCGUUCAUCCUUGGGAAAAGGCCUUGCAGUCACUGCAGUUUACAGAUUUGGGCGCUCUUCGCCUCGACAAGGAUUUGCGUGGCGUCCAGGCAAUGCUGGUGGAGCAAUUGCCAUGGGGCGUUCGUGAUAGGUUUUUGCGGCUUAUGCAGACCUCCUAUGUACUCAAUAUGGACGAGGACGAUGUACGUUAUGCAUGCACUGACCUUCAGAUGGAAACAAGCGAUGCCUACGAAGAAGGCCUCGCGGCAGGUGUCUCAUGGAAGCUUACAGCCACAGAGGUCCAAGAAAUUCGAUCCCGACGUAUCUCUAUAGCUUAA